AUGGACCCUCUUAAGCAAGGUGCUCUUAAUAGGAUUGAGAAUUCUGUCUAUAGAACAGCCUUCAAGUUACGAUCCAUGCAAACUCUUUGCCAAUUGGACUUGAUGGACAGCUCCUUGAUUCAGCAAGUUCUAUUGUGUGAACGAUUUGGGGAGAACAUGGAGAUCUCCCUUUCUAUACAUCAGCUCUUUCAGGAGCUCCAGGUGCUGUUUCAGAGAACUGGGAUGGGAAAGCCAGCACAAGUGCAUCCAAGAGCUCCGGAACUCACUCUGAGCCUUCUCAUGGCCAUGUAUGACAGCACAGGAUCGGGUGUUCUCAAGCUUCGGCCCGUGGCUGCUGCUCUGGUUGCCCUCUCAGGGGACAGCCCUCUUACAAAAUACAGAGCUUUUUUUCAGCUCUAUGCAGAAAACAACAGGAGAGGUGAUGACUCCCGAGCCCGCAUGACUCGGAGGGUUUUGCGAGCCUUACUAACAGAUCUACAGCAGAUACCGACUGUCGUGGGAGAGAGCUGCACUUUGUGUCCUGUGGAAAGUGCUGUCCACAGCUGCUUCCAAGGGGUGUUGAGCUCUGGAAUCAAGGAGGAGAAAUUCUUGUCUUGGGUACAGUCUGAGCCUCUGAUUCUUCUAUGGCUCCCGACCUGCUACCGACUGUCUGCCUCAGAAAUGCUCACUCACCCUGUGAGGUGCAGCAUAUGCCGAACCUUCCCAAUCAUAGGACUGAGAUACCGCUGUCUGAAGUGUCUCAACUUUGACAUCUGCCAGCUGUGUUUCUUAUCUGGUCUCCACAGGAAAUCCCACCAGAAGUCACACACCGUGAUGAAGGACUGUGUCCAGAUGUCAGCAAAGGAGAACACAAAACUCCUCUUCAGGAACCUCAGAAGCAGCCUGCCCCAGAAAGGCAGCAGGACAGGAGCCAUGGGGAGACAGCGGCUGCUGGGCCAGCUCGCUCCAAGAGACACAGCUAGCCAUGCGCAGGCCAGGCUCCUUAGAAAACAGUUAAAUAGAUACAAACACAAAUUGCAAGACACAUACACCUUACAGGAGGAACAGAAUUGCAGAUUUGAAAUAAAGAUUCGGGAGCUCGCAACCAACCAGGAUAACAUAUGGAUCAAGCUACAGCAGAUGAGACAAGACCUACAGGCUGUAUUGCAACCAUGCCAUCCUUCACUUUCAUCUCAAAACACAGCAUCCAAGAUUGCCCAUCCUUUACCUGAUGAUGGGCUAUGGAGAGGAGGGAACUCGUCCCACAUCAAGAGUGUCACUAGGGUUGGUCCGGAAUGGGAACUUCUCCCUAACUCUACCAAGGCUGACAGAAAUCACAAAAGUCAAGCAAGUUCGGGUGAAGCUCUACCAGACUCUGAACCCCCAGAUAUCAUUUUGCAGAGUACCAGGACACAAAAUCCCCCACAAAAGAUGCUAAGGGAAGUCCAUACCUCCCCAUCAGCUUGCCAGGAGGUGCUGAAAGACAAUCCCCAUAUUCUCCCUGCUGAAGUGAGCAGCCAUGCUCUGGCACCUUCAGCAGGGGAAGAGACAGACCACAUCAGUGAGAAGACUGAUGUGGAAGAAGAGGGACUACAAACACUGCUGCCCAGACUCCUGGAUGCCUUCGACCUAGACACAACAUCAGAUCCAAAGCCUUCAGCAGACACGGAGCUGUAUGGUAGAGCUGAACAGUUGUGCAGGGCUUUCUCUGCCCUUGUGGAUCAAAUCACCUUACCCAGCGUGGAGUGA